AUGCUCAAAGGUGUCAAGUACCACCGCGAUUUCACCGACGCCCACUUCCCCGUCAUCGUCCAAGUGGAUGACGGCACGUCGUUCAAGUUCAACAUCUACUCUCUGGCCAGCGUGUCAACCUUCUUUGCGGACCUUCUCAGUCUGCCCGUGACUGACAGGGCGGAGCUGCCGCGUCCAUUAUCACCAAAGAGCAAGUCUUCCGGCGCCUAUGUGGCAGCCAAAGUCAACUCGCCAUGGCUUAAGAGGGCCGAGCACUACUCUCUAUCCCCUGACCUCUUGACUAUCAGCGAUUGGGCGCGCCGCCAGCUUGAAGAAGAUGGCUACUAUGAGAAGCUUCUCAAUCUUCACUUCCGGUGGAAGUCGAGGGUCCUGGAGCUGUACAUGUACCUCUGCGACAGCGAGAGGGCCAAACAAAAGCCCCCACCACCUGUUCUCAGCUGGCUACAGCAGCUCCGUGAUCUUCCUGCCCUGCUUUACGAUGAGAAGAAGAUUCGAAGCACGUUUGGGUAUUACGACAACAAAUUCGUCGCCAUGGUAAUGGCUAUGAGGACCGAGUUCAACUUCACCGCCGAGGACACGGUUGACGUCGACGGCGUCACCUACCACCGCGACUUCACAAAGGACCACUUUCCUGCCAUCCUGCAAGCCGACGACAGCACCUCGUUCUCCUUCAACAUCUAUGCCCUCGCCGCUGUGUCCACCUUCUUUGCCGACCUCCUUACCUUGCCUGUCACCGAAUCGGCGGGGCCCCGCGUCAUCCCACUGCCAUCGGCAACGAAGCCAGCCCUCGCUCUCACACUCAAGCUCAUCCGUGACCACAACAAGACCGAUUUCAGCACGGCAAACGCCGUUGCGUGGCCCACUCGCCUUGUGGUUGAGGACUUCCUUCACGUUGUGCGCGCCUACGACAUGUCUUUUGCUGCGGAAACUCUUCUGGCACGCUCCUCCCUCUCCUCCACCCAGUCCAAAGAGCAGGUGUUCGAGCGCCUCGUCAUCGCCGGCGCAAUCGACUCGCCAUGGAUGGAGCAUGCCCGGCUCCUCAGUCUCUCCCAUGACGUGAAUACCUUGGAGAGCUGGGAGCUACAGCAGCUCCGGCACGAUGGCCACCUUGAAGCGCUCUAUCAACUUCACCUUCAAUGGAAGUCGAAAGUUAUCGACUUACACAAACAUAUGAGCUACUUUCUCGCCGGAUGCAGCAUCAAAACCACCCGCGACUGUGUCACUCUCCUCAAUGUUCUCCCCAGCGUGCUGCUUGACGAGAAGAAGACGCAGGAAGCAUCCAUUCAGCACACUUACCUCUCGCAAUUCCUGAUGACUCUGAGGCGUGACUUCAAGUUGUAG